AUCAUCUUGACGCCGCCUAAGCAUAAAAGAAUGGCCAGCGCCAACGGGAACCACCAAGAGUCACGAGAUGCAGCCAAAUCCCAAGAAGACGUGCCGGCCUGCCAGUCCUGCCGGAAGAAAAAAGCCCGCUGUAGUCGGGCACAGCCUUGCUCGGAAUGUAUCCGUUUCAAUAUCGACUGUGUCUACGAUGAGCGGCGCAUGAAACCCGGACUUCGCGCGGGAGCGGUAGACCAAUUAUACCGACGCGUCGAGACGUUGGAAAACAUGUUCCUUGGCCAAGAACUACUUUGGCAACAGAUGUGGAAAACAGAUCACCCCAAUGCAUCCCUUCCAGGCAGCAGCGAGGAAGUGACCACUAUUGCAAACUUGGCCCAGCGGCGAGAAAAGCUCAAGUCUGCGUUACUCGACGCAUCCUCAUCCCUAGGUCAAAGAGAUGAGCAGAUAUAUGGCGGAGGCUCGGGUACGAGUGCCAAUCCAGCCAAACGACGGCGCUAUGAGUCAAAUUGUUUACCCUCCGCCCGAAUGGAGAUCAACGAUGUAGUUUCUUCGACGGAGGUCAUGGCUGAACUGGUGGAUUUCUACUUUGUCAACGUCCACCCUUGGAUACCUGUCCUCCACGAGGCAAGGUUUCGGGCACGUGUACAUUCCCCAAAUGAAUACCCGCGUGUCACUUGCAUUCUCCACGCGAUUGUUGCGGUCUGUUCAAAAUUCUCUGAAAGCGAGAUUUUGCGCGACACAAAGGCAAAACUGAACGUUGCAGAGCAGAGUCGACAAAAGGUCAUCUUGGAAAGCAUGGAGACAUUCUCAGUCGAGAACUUACAGGCGUUGGUAAUUAUUGCGUUUGACACAAUCGGCCGUGGGCGUGGUCCUUCGUCUUGGUCCAUUGUUGGAAGCAUGGUUAGUACAGUGAAGCAAUUGCAACUCGACGUCGAAGAAGACGAGAUAUCCUGGGCAAGAAAUCCUGGAGAGACCCUGAUACGGCGCAUGGUCUUCUUAACUCCCUCGACCUCUUGGAGUGAAGCAGAAGAGCGACGACGGGUCUUUUGGGCGGUCUUUCUGAUGGAUCGCUUCUGCAAUGUAUCCACAGGAUGGAAGGUAAGUUUGAAUAGCGCUGAUGUCAAGCGUCGCCUUCCCUGCGAGGGAGGCAUCUGGGCAAAGGAGAAAGAAGUUUGGACCCCUUGGUUCGGAAUCUCAGACACUAAAGAUACCAUGUCAGCCAGUUCGCUUCCAGUUGGCGGCCCAGGUUCAACAAACUCGGAGGAGGAGGACUCUAUCGGUGGUUUUGCGUACAAUGUUGAGGCUACCGAGUCACUCGCGCUCGUCACAAACUUCUUCCUUCACCACGCCUUCCUUGUUUCAGACGCUCAGAAAGCUAAAAUUUGGUUGAUGAAAUUCAAGGAACUGGAUUUGCGACUUAUACAAUGGAAGUUGUAUCUGCCACAGAAAUGGCGAGAGGCCUCUGUCUUGAAUGCAGACGGUGUUAUGGAUCCAAAUUUGACGCUAGCGCAUAUCACGCAUAACACCGCGGUGAUCUUACUGCAUCAAGGGAUUGCUUACCCUCCUCCUCAUUGGCGAGCCUGUCCUAUCAAGCUUCCAUCUGCAUCAUCGGCGGAGACGUGCCUAGACGCAGCCUCUGAGAUCGCGACCAUUGGCCAGCGAUUCUUAUCGUUCUCGCUGAUUUUCACCAAUCCUCAAUUUGCCUUUUGCCUCUUCAUUGCUGGUCGAAUGAUCUUAACACAUGCAAGAUACAAUCAGAUUCCUGUUCCGUCGGCCCUGGAUGUUUUAAUCUCCAGCCUCCUCGAGAUCUCCCAGAGAUGGACCGGUAGCGAGCAAGGUGCAAAUCCAAUGGUAGAUAACCUCGCUUCAAGCUUUGCCAAGCGGCUCAUGGAGGCUCAGAGUAAUUCCGCUGCUGCUUCUCGGCCUAGUCUAGAUAUCAGGCAGACUGCAUACUCGGAUGAAUCUAGGGAUCAACCUCUACAACCGCAUUCAAUCGGACACUCGCCACAUGAUUCCGGCCUCCUUCUAUCGAGAAUUUCAGAUGGAGUAAGUUCAAAAGGCGAUGUGAGCAAAGCCUCACCCCAGGCGCCUCUUGAUCUGGAUCCAUUCAGUUUAGCCUUCCCGCCCCUUCCAUUGGCGUUUCAGCAGGACUUCGCUGUGUUUUCGGGCUCUAAUCCAAUGUCUGUAUUUGAACAAUCAUCCAAUGGUCAUCCGCAUCCGAACUUGGGCACGCAGCCACACGAGUCUCAAUAUUCUCCGUGGCAAGGUCACAACGCUCCUAUCGGAAACCACGUCGCUAGCCCACAAGAUCAGUUCGGCUAUGUACUCGACCUUGUCCCCAGCCCUAGUCAGAGAAUUAGUCGCUACGGAGGUAGAUUUACAGAAAACUAA